GUUGCACUUCGGUGUCAAAUUUUCAUAUCGUUUUCUUUUAACAUUGGUGCUAUUCAUUACCAUUUCAAGUGAGAAGCUUUUCAACUUAAAGUUUCCGAUAUACUAAGAGAUCCGAGAAUGGGCUCGAAAGGCUGGACAAUUGCUACUGCAAUCGCCGCAAUCAUAGCGUUUGCCCCUUGGGCAAUUUACCUGGCUGGUCUCGGAAAGCUGACCGAUGUCCUAACACAUCGGAGCUUUACCGGGGCCCUGAAGCAGGUCAUUGUUAUGCUCGAGUGGUACACUGUGAGCGCACAGUUCAUCAACCUUGUCCUGAUCAUCAUUGCUUGCCUGGCCAGGAGCCUUCGCAGGACCCACAGCAUGUUCGUCAUGUUCUUGGCCGUAAACUCUGCCUUGAUCAUCGUACGUGCUACGGAGCGCAUCAGCCAGAUCAACCUGAUUGACGACGGCCAGGAUGCCGCCACGGUGCUAGGUGUUCCAGGGACGACCCUUGCCGGGAAGCCCCUGCAAUACCUGCGCGCUGAGGCUUGUGGCCAGGUUGCCUCUGCCACUUUCAACUUCUUGUUGGCCAUCCUGAUCGGAUUUGCUGGCACUGUCCCAGAGGAGCAAGGCCAGCUAAGCUACCAGCCCCCUGUUACGGUGUAGCAUUUACCCGUAUUAUUGAUUCGAUGUAAAGCAUGCCCGUAAGCCUCUUCAGCGUUGGAGGCGUGGUUGCUUGUGAUCACUUAAAUGCAAAUUUGUGCGUUAAGCAGCUUCAAGUAUGUUUUGCAAUCUGUUUCGGACAAUUGUACAUAGCUCGUUGACCUCUUGUUCAAUAUUCUCACUCCCAUUUGGAGGUGUUUUGGUUUUAGUUACCUGACUUGACCAAGCUGAUAAUACGUUUUAUCUCGGAGUUGUACUGUUAUCGGACAUUUGGCUAUCUGUUCAAUGGGACCACGGUGACAUGCGUGACACACUUGUGGCCACACCUUGGAGGCGUGUUUCUGUACAAAACUUAUGUAGUCGUAUAACAAGGUGGACAACUGGUGCGGCAAGAACCAGGACAAAUGGUUUACCGGUAAUUUCACGUAUACGAAU